AUGGCUCGUUUAAACCGUGCAGAGUACGUCGCGCUUCCGGCGCAGGAGAAGGUGGAAGCUGGCCCUCAAGAUGGCCCGGACAAAACUCUAAGGCGGAGCAACGCAUUUUUGGCUACUCUUUUAUCAGUGCUAUUCUUGACGUUGGUACUAGCGGGCCUGGGGACGGCAGCGCUAUGGACCCCCUCUACCUCUGCUACCGAGCCGCGGGUCGACGAUUCAGAAGCAUUCCGUGAGCAUCUAACAAGAGCAACGGGUGACCAAUAUCUCCUAGGCGUAGGGAAAGCCGAUAUUACUGGUCCUGUGGUAGAGUUAAAUUUUAUGGGAUAUGCCAGUCUGUCUCAAAUAGGGUCUGGCCUUCGUCAGAGAAUCUACUCCCGAGCGUUCAUCGUUGGAAACAAGGACAAGCCAAGUGAUCGUUUCGUAUACCUAGUUCUUGACACCCAGUCAGGAGAUACCGCUAUUCGAAAUGGUAUUUUAGAAGGUCUAGCAGCUCUGGGGGGUGAUUAUUCCGUGUACGGUCAGAGUAAUGUUGCAGUAACUGGAACCCAUCAGCACUCUGGCCCAGGAGCGUGGUUGAACUAUCUUCUGCCACAAAUUACUUCCCUCGGGUUUUCUCCGCAAAGCUAUCAAGCUAUUGUGGAUGGUGCUGUUCUGUCAAUCAAGCGCGCGCACCAAAGCUUGAGCCCUGGAUAUCUCAGCUAUGCGGAUACAACUGUCUCAGAUGCCAAUAUCAACCGGAGUCUAUGGGCCUAUCUCGCCAACCCAGCUGAGGAGCGAGCUCAGUAUCCAGAUGACGUAGAUAAGACGAUUACUGUUCUCCGCUUUAAGCGUGCCUCGGAUGGCUUGAAUACAGGCAUUCUCGCAUGCUCGUACUUGUUUGAAAAAGCAAUGGCCAGCGACGCUAGUGCAGCUCCAGGUUUCGUGGCCGCCUUUAGUCAAAGCAGCGUGGGCGACACCACGCCAAAUGUCCUAGGAGCCUGGUGUGACGAUGGGUCGGGCCAAAUGUGCACAUUGGAAAACAGCACUUGCGGAGGGAAGAGCCAGGCGUGCCAUGGAAGAGGUCCUGAAUUUCAGAAGGUGGAUUUGGGAGUAUCAAGCUGUUAUGAGAUUGGCCGCCGAGUCUAUGCUGCCGCGAAAACUCUAUAUGACUCGUUCGAUACCGUUGCAACCCCAGUCCAGGAUACCAGCGUCAAAUUCUAUCAUACGUUCAAUGAUAUGAGUUAUUUCAGCUUUCCACUUCCAAAUGGAAACACUGUCCAAACCUGCCCGGCAGCACUGGGAUACUCUUUUGCUGCGGGUACCAGCGAUGGUCCAGGUGCUUUUGACUUCACCCAAAACGACAACGACACCAACUCCCAAAAUCCCCUCUGGGUAAUCGUCUCAUCUGUCAUCAAGGCCCCAAAUGCGCAACAAAAGGCGUGCCAGAGCCCAAAACCCAUCCUCCUUGAUGUGGGAGAACUUACGGAGCCUUACGCCUGGACCCCCAACAUCGUUGACGUUCAAAGCUUCCGCGUGGGUCAAUUCAUCAUCGUAGUCAGCCCAAGUGAAGCAACAACCAUGUCCGGUAGGCGCUGGAAAAGCUCCGUGGCAGCGGCAGCAAUAAACUCUUCAAUCACGAUUACAGCUCCCAAAGUAGUUCUCGGCGGCCCGGCAAACACAUAUGCUCACUAUCUCACGACACGCGAAGAAUAUGGCGUUCAACGCUACGAAGGGGCCUCCACACUCUACGGCCCCAACGAACUAGACGCCUACAUCUAUCUCUCAACAAGCAAUAUCAAAUACCUUUCCGGGUCCUCGUCUAGCCAGCCAGCCCCAGGCCCUAGCCCCCCUGAUAACCGCCGUAACUCUCUCGACCUCAUCGCGCCCGUUGUAUACGACAACCCACCAAUCCUAAAAUCCUUCGGUGCCGUGCUCUCUCAGCCCUCUUCAUCCUACACCCGCGGCGCCGUUGUAAACGCAUCCUUUAUAGGCGCAAAUCCACGCAAUAACCUUCGUCUCGAAGGAACUUUUGCGGCCGUUGAAACGCAGCAGAGCAACGGAAACUGGGUCCAAGUCCGUGAUGACAGUGACUGGUUUUUGGUGUAUAGCUGGUAUAGAGAUGAUGGGUUGCUGGGGAGUAGUCAUGUGGUUGUUAGUUGGGAAACAGAGAGUUAUGCGACUCCCGGGACUUAUAGAUUGAGGUAUUAUGGGGAUGCGAAGGCACCAAUUACGGGGAAGAUAACAGAGUUUUCCGGGACUAGUAAGAGUUUUGUUUUGAGCUGA